AUGCAAACAGAAGUGCCCAUCACACCUUAUGCUUCCUAUAUUACAUUAGGUAUUGUUACAGCGAUUAUUAUUUCAAUGAUUCUAUUUAAACUUGUUGGAAGAGACAAUAGAUUUUUAUCAAAUUCCGAAUUAUAUAUUUAUUCUCAACCCGAACCCAAUCAACGAAAAAAUAAUGCAAACAAAAAACAACGUAAAAACACAUUUCUUGCACCAAAAUCUAUUACAACAGAAGCCAGUAUGUUACCAUCAGAUUGA